CAUGGUUACAGUUAAGUACAUAAAUCAGGCGCCACCGCCGCCGCCGUGAGAGGAGCUGUGCAGAGGCAGACAGGAGUCGGAGCGCACACAUGCACAUCACGCCGCCGCGGCUCAUCGUCGCUGCGGCUGCAGCCGGUGCAGCGAAGGAAGGGGGGCGCGCGGCUGUUGCUAUUUAUUUAUUUUUAUUUUUUUAUGAAUUUCACACACACAUGGAGGCGGAAUGGCGUGACAGGAUGAGGCACACGGCGGAGGACGCGUCUCCAUCGGCCGAUGCUCGAUGAUGAUCCAGUGACUGUCCCCCUGCGUGUGUGUGGCUCGCGGAUUGCUGCAGUGCUGUUUUUCCAGGUGUUGUGGUGCGUGCGUGCGCAUGUGAGUGUAUGUGUGUGUGCGUGCGUGUGAGUGUGUGAGUGAGUGAGAGAGAGUGUGUGCGUGUGUGUGUGCAUGGUGCUGAUGUUGUUGCCUGGUGUUAUUCUCUUACGAAUUGGACUAUAAGCCGGGGAACAGAGUCUGAUGUCACAUGUGCUUCAUCGGAGGAAACGGGGCAUCUGCAAGCAGGAUUUUGUGGAGGAUGCUGCGGCAAGUGAUCCACAGAGGGCUCAAGGCUUCGUUCUACUGGCUGGGCUUAUUCGUUAGCAGGCACCCCGUUUUCUUCCUCACUGUCCCCGCGGUCCUCACCAUCAUUUUCGGAUCUACCGUCCUGAGCCGCUUCAAGCCGGAGACGGACCUGGAGGUGCUGGUCGCCCCGACGCACAGCCUGGCCAAGAUCGAGCGGAGUCUCGCCAACAGCCUGUUCUCCAUCGACCAGUCGAAGCACAAGCUGUACUCGGAUUUGCACACGCCGGGCAGAUAUGGCAGGCUCAUCCUGCUCGCCAAGUCCGGGGGGAACAUCCUGGAGCUGGCCGACCAGGUCCUGCAGGUCCACAAGCAGGUGCUGGAUUUACGCGUCAAUUACAAAGGGUUCAAUUACACGUUCGCGCACCUCUGCGUCCUGAGCUACAGGGACAAGCGCUGCCUGCUGGAUGAUAUCAUCACCAUCUUCGAGGACAUCAGGCAGGCGGUGCUGUCCAACAGCACUUUCCAUAAGGUGCCAGUGAGCUACCCCAACACCACAUUAAAGGAUGGUCGUGUGUCCUUCAUCGGCCACCAGCUGGGCGGUGUGUCCUAUUCGCCCAACAGCCGGGAUCAGCAGGUCAAGUUCGCCCGUGCAGUUCAGAUCACCUACUACCUCCGCAAUCAUGGACCCGUGGUGCAGGAUGCCAUCGCUGAGCGCUGGGAGAACGAGUUCUGCGCCCUGGUCAGCCGGCUGUCCACGGCAGAGGCUCCUAAUGCGCCUGACCAGCUCCACAUCCAGUCACUCACUUCCUUCAGCCUGUGGCGGGAUUUCCACCAGACAGGCGUGCUGGCCAAGGGGGAAGUGCUGGUCAGUCUGGUGCUGGUGCUCUUGGCUGCCACCAUCUCCAGCUCCAUGCGGGACUGUCUGAGAGGGAAGCCGUUCCUUGGCCUCCUCGGGGUACUGACUAUCUGCAUCGCCAACGUGACGGCCGCAGGGAUCUUCUUUAUAUCGGACGGGAAGUUUAACUCUACGCUGCUGGGAAUCCCGUUCUUUGCCAUGGGCCAUGGAACCAAAGGAGUGUUCGAGCUGCUCGCAGGCUGGAGGAGAACGAGGGAAAACCUACCCUUCAAAGAGCGCGUGGCAGAUGCUUUUGCUGACGUGAUGGUCUGCUACACCAUGACCAGCUCACUCUACAUCAUCACCUUCGGUAUGGGAGCUAGCCCUUUCACGAACAUCGAGUCGGUGAAAAUCUUCUGCCAGAGCAUGUGCGUUGCUAUACUGGUCAACUACUUUUACGUGUUCUCUUUCUAUGGCUCGUGCCUGGUGUUUGCCGGACAGCUGGAGCAGAACCGCUACCACAGCGUUUUCUGUUGUAAAAUCCCCUCAGUGGAGUAUCUGGACCGCCAGCCCACGUGGUUUAAAACUAUGAUGAGCGAUGGACAUGACCUGUCCACGCACCAUGACAGUGUUCCGUACCAGAAUCACUUCAUCCAGCACUUCCUGCGAGAACACUACACAGAGUGGAUAACAAACACUUAUGUCAAGCCCUUUGUGGUAAUUCUCUAUCUCAUCUAUGCCUCUUUUUCGUUUAUGGGAUGUUUACAAAUCAGUGAUGGAUCGAAUAUAGUGAACCUGUUGGCUAGUAACUCUCCGAGUGUUUCUUAUGCGCUGACUCAGCAGAAAUACUUCAGCAACUACAGUCCUGUGAUCGGAUUUUACAUUUAUGAGCCCAUCGAGUACUGGAACUCCACGGUGCAGGAGCACCUGAAGACUCUAAGUCAUGGUUUCAACAAGAUUUCGUGGAUGGACAACUUCUUUCACUACCUGCGGGUGGUGAAUGUUAGUGCGUCAACAAAGGGCGACUUCAUCAACAUCCUUAAAGGCUCCUUCCUGCGUAGCCCAGAGUACCAGCACUUCACUGAGGACAUCAUCUUUUCGAAAAACCGCGACACCGAUGAGUUUGACAUAAUCGCGUCACGGAUGUACCUGGUGGCACGGACAACUGAGAAGAAGCGCGAGGAGGUGGUGGAGCUUCUGGAAAAGCUCCGUCCAUUGAUGCUCAUCAACAGCAUCAAGUUCAUUGCCUUCAAUCCCACGUUUGUUUUCAUGGACCGCUACAGCUCCUCCGUCAUCUCCCCCAUCCUGACCUCAGGCUUCAGUGUACUCACCAUCCUCAUCCUCACUUUCUUCCUGGUCAUCAAUCCCUUAGGGAACUUCUGGCUCAUCCUCACAGUUACAUCUGUGGAACUGGGUGUCUUGGGUUUGAUGACCCUUUGGAACGUUGGCAUGGACAGCAUCUCAAUCCUGUGCCUUAUUUAUACCCUCAACUUUGCAAUGGAUCACUGUGCACCACACUUGUACACUUUUGUGCUGGCCACUGAGCACACUAGGACGCAGUGCAUUAAGUUGGCACUGGAGGAGCACGGGGCUGCCAUCCUGCAGAACACAUCCUGCUUUGUGAUUGGGAUAAUGCCCCUGGUGUUUGUGCCUUCCAAUCUGACCUACACACUGUUCAAGUGCUCCCUUCUCACCGCAGGUUGUACUGUGCUGCACUGCUUCGUCAUCCUGCCGGUCUUCCUGACCUUUUUCCCGCCAUCCAAAAAGAGACACAAGAAAAAGAAACGGGCCAAGCGGAAAGAGCGUGAGAGAGAGCGGGAACGGGAAAGGGAGAGGGAAAGAGAAAGGGAGGAGAUAGAAUGCAUUGAGGUCAGAGAGAAUCCAGAUCAUGUGACAAAUGUUUGAAGAGAUGUUAACCGUGCAUAUCAGUGGGUCAGUUACUGGUUAAUGUGAGGUGUUCUCCACUUGUGAGAAACCUCUGGAAAUGCAGGGGGAAGUCGAUGCAUCCCCUGUGGAGUGGACACCUGUCACUCCCAACCAACAGCAGCUAAGCUGGCCAGAGUAGAGUGCAGCGCCACUGGUCAGUCCUUCAGUCUGGACAGUGUAUCUCAUUUGCACAAACUGUAACAUGCUCUCGGUUCUAAAGCUCUUUCCCAACUAUUUGGAAUUUUAAAAAAAAACAAGUACGUUGGCAGAACCUAUGCUUGCUAAAUCUGUAGGUAUAUUCUAAAAGUACAGUAUGCUAGUCCAUUUCAAUAUUAGCGAUUCUAUGUUCAUCUCAUGCAGCCCUUAUCACAAAAGACAGUAAGCGAGGAUCAGAGCAGUCUGUUAAACAAAGUGUGCGUGUACACGUUGGUAAAAGUGGAUAGAGUUAUAACACAAAAGUGCACAGAUUAAGGUUGUGCAGAUGACAACUGUGACCGCACCUCCCUCCUCACACACUGAUAACAGCAAAAGUAAACAAAAAAACAAAUUCUGUGGAAAGAGAGCGAAACUGCGGACCUGGAAGCACACUGCAUGCUUAAAUCUCAACAGGAAAAAUAGCUGAACAGCUGAACUGGGCAGAUGGCAUACACUGUGUCUAUUAUGAAGAAUUAUCUUGCACAUUGCUUUAUGUCAAGGUUCAUGUAAGCAGGAGGCAAAUAUUUCUUCUUCAUUCCAGAAGUCAUGUACAGUCUUAGACAAUGGCAAAAUGAACUAACAUUUGGGGAGUGAGUAAUAAGUAACUGUUGUACAGCCAUAUUUAAAAGGCAGUAAACCCGAGUACAUACGAGUACUCAUAUAAGAGUUAAUCCCAAAUUGUUCUUGCAGACCAGUAAACCCGAAAGUGAAGAGUGAGUAUGUCAGACUGUCUAGCAGACUGGAACAUUUCUGUGAGAGAACAAAUAUCUCUGUGAUCGGCUCACGAAAGCUCGCUGGCAUGGCACUGGUAAUUGGAGAGGGUCUGAAUGUGAUUCAAUACUAGAAAUGGUGCCAAAUGGUGUACACAACCUUUUGUCCGUCAGAUUUGUAUAAAAAAAAACAAACAAACAAAAAAAAUCUAUCCCAGUACAUUUGAACUUUGUCCCAGCUCAUUUCCGUGAUUGCUGUUCAGUGUUGUUCAGGUUUUUGAAGCAAAUUAUGUAAGAGAUUUUAAAUGAAGCAGUGAGGCACUUGUGUAAAAGGUUUUGAGAUCAAACUGAAAUUGAAAGAGCUAAAGAGAAAGUUGGAUCGAGUUGAAGUUGAUUUCGCUCCAGAUAUAUUCAAAUUACAUUUCCGAUUAUACUGACAUUUAAACAAAUUACCUAAAGUUCAGCCCUGCGUUAAAGUAAGGGCAGUUUAAAACUGUGUGUUAUAAUAAGCAGUGCAUAUUUUGUUUUUUUUUUGUUUUUAUAUACAUAGUUUUCUUUUAUCAGCCUCUACACUGAUGUGGAUAUUUCAAGUGGAACAAUUGUAAAAUUGGGGUUGAUCAUGCAUGGUCAAAGAGAAACAUCCACAUUUCAUGCUGUUUCUUCCGGCUGCGCAGAAUUUUCUAGCCUUUUCAGCUCAUUUUUUUUGUUGUUCCACCCACAAUGUAAAGCUGCUGUCAGUCAUGUCAACCUUUAGAUAACCUUUGACUAACAUCCUGUUUGUAGCAGAGAGACUGAGAGACCCACAGUACAGUGGAAACACUCAAUCAGGGAUAGCUGUCAGAAUAAAGGCCCUUUUUAACAUUCAUUUAAUCAAAGUACAACACUGACAGCAGCUUUAAAUGGUUCAAUUCAUUCUAACAACUGUCAUCAACAGCAUUUGCAGCAGCUUUUGUUGAAGUAAAACACUUUAUCAAUGCACUCCUAUCUUACCCACCCUGCACUUAAAGCAAUCAAAUGAAACCACAAGCAGAGAAGUGAAAAGAGCUUGACAUUUUCCCUUUAUGGAGACCAAAUCAGAGCUUUAAGUAAAAUGAGUAUUGUACUUGAAGGAAUGCUAACGUAGCCCUGUAUCUGCUGAAUGUGGACAUAAGAAGGUUGUGUGUGUUUUACACUAACACACAAAUAAACUGUUUUGUUUAGUUCUGCUGCCAACGCAUAGCCAAAAAGAUUAGAAAUAGCAAUGCUGCUUUAUUGAACAUCUGCUCUUCUCUUAUUAAGGGAUGGAGUACUUGCUGUGUAAGAAUUACUUUAUGUUAAUGCUGUCAAAUGAAUCAUUUAAUUUUGUUACAAUCAUGAAGGGUUCACAGAAAACCUCAUUUGAACCUAAGUGAAUUGAUUAACUACACUUUAGGAGCAGGGCCACGCCUCAGUCACACCGCUAAUCACCAGCAAAGCCUUUUUAUUCCUGGUCAACCUUCUCAGUCUCACCCACCUUAGCCCUCUACCCUUCAUCCCUCAAACCUAACUCCUUCAUCCCUUGCUUUUUAUACUUGAUGACCACUCAAAGUGCUUUGUACCAGUUAGUCCAUAUCACUCAUUCACUCUCACAAUCAUACAGCACAUUUAGGUGUGAACUGGCAGAGCAGGAAGUCGAACUCUCUGCCUUUCAGUUGGGGGAUGACUCGCUUUACCACUGAGCACCUUCACCCCUCUACCCUAACUCCAGGAUCCUUCAUCCAUCAACCCUAAAUCCUUCAUCUACUGUAACUCUUUCAUCCUUUGACCCUAACGUCUAUAUCUUUCAUCUCUAACUUCUCCAUCCCUCAACCCUAGCGCUUUCAUCCCAUGUACCCAACUCUAUUGACCCUAACUUCUCCAUCCCUUUUAUUUUGUAUUUGCUUCCUCGCUGCCAUGCUUGUAAAACCCGAUUUAGACCAUUUUUAUUUUGAGACAUGGAGCAUUAUUGCGUUUCAAGUCUCCAUUAGAUGAUAAUAAACUGUGGCCACAAGAGGGAUAAACAUGGAUUUGUGUGGUUAAGUCUAGACUGUGACUCUACCAUCUGUCCCCUCAGCAGAAAUCCAGAUUCACCAGAACAGGCUGUGAUUUUCAGUCGUCAGUUGUCCAGUGUUGAAGAGUCUGCCUCACAUUGUCGUUCUUGGCUGACAGGAAUCACACUUGAGUUGACGUUUGUUGCUGUUAAAGCCCACCUAUCUCCACCCCACACUUCUAAUGAGUCCAUUAUCUGAGUUACCAUAGAGAUUCUGUCAGCUCCAGCCAGUCCAUCAAAAAAUAUAAAGAACUUCUCCAUUAAGAUGUUUGACAUUAUCUGACGCUCCUGACGUAUCAUUGACUAUUUGCAAGAAUAAGGAUGAAAGUGAUUGAUGAGUGUGUUAGGGCUGUCACUUUUUAUCCGAAAUUCAGAUAUCCUUUCAAACUUGGUGAAAGCUAAAAGUUUUGGGUUGGCAAAGGACCGAACAAAUCUGUAGACUCACCUGUUAGCUUAGCUGUUAGCUCCACCAGAGUGAAGCGACAAAGGAGGCAUCAUAGACGAGAAACACAAGUGUUGAAUCUCACGUAAAUUAAUAGUAAAUUAAGAGUUGGCAUUGGUGAACCCGGCCGAGUAUGCCAGCGAUUCAAUUGCCCUCUGCAAACAUGACGUUUUGGU